GCUCCGGCCCACGUGACGGCCCCGCGGGCGCCCCCGGCGGCGGGCGCGGCCGUGUGUCUGUCUGUGCGUGUGUGUGUCCGUGUGUCCGGGUGUUCCCCGCCGCUCACGUGACCGGCGUGACUCGGCGCUCACGUGACCGCGCGGCGGCGGGGCCGUGCCGGAGCCGGGGCCGCUCUCGCCAUGGGCUGCUGCUACAGCAGCGAGGCCGAGGCCUCCGACCAGGAGGAAGAGACAAAGCGGCUGCUGGAGCCGGCAGCCAGCCCGCCCAACAAGGUGCUGAACGGGGCAGAGCAGAGCUACCACAACCUGCCGUCAGCACGCACCGAUGAGCAGGCCAUGCUGUCCUCCAUCCUCGCCAAAACAGCCAUCAACAUCAUCGACGUGUCGGCAGCGGAUUCCCAGGGCAUGGAGCAGCAUGAGUACAUGGACAGAGCCAGGCAGUACAGCACACGCCUGGCCAUGCUCAGCAACAACCUGACGCACUGGAAGAAGCUCCCACUGCUGCCAUCCCUGACUAACCAGCCGCACCAAGUGCUCGCCAGCGACCCUGUCCCCUUUGCAGACCUGCAGCAGGUGUCCCGGAUAGCUGCCUAUGCCUUCAGUGCGCUCUCACAGAUCCGUGUUGACGCCAAAGAAGAACUGGUUGUACAGUUUGGCAUCCCCUGAACCUGCCCCCACCACUGCUGCUUCAGCGCUUUGGGUUGUUUUUGGUUUUUUCCUGAUUUUUUUUUCUCUUUGUAUCCCUUCCCUCCCCAUGCUGCUGCCACAGAACUUGGACAGAUACCCUGUUUCCUACUAAAUGCCAAGGCACCCAUCAUUGGCACGUUGAGCCCACCUGCAUUGCUUGAGGCUUUCUCCUCCUCGUGGGUGGGUGGGUGGGUGUGUGUGCGUGGGGAAGAGGCUGUGUCAGCUGGAUGCUGCCUUGCACAGGGACAAGCACAAAGGGAACAGCUGGUGCAAGGAGGCCCUGGUGUGGGUCAGCACCCUAUGCCAGGUCACCAGGAUGGGUGGGCUGGAGCCAGGCAGAUGUGAUGCUCUGCAUGGGGCCUGGUGGCUCCAACACCAUCCCUUCUCCUUUUUACAUGUUUAGACCUUUAUUUCGGUUGUUUUUUUGGUUUUGUUCUUUUUUUUUUAAUUAUUAUUUUUUGCCACAGUAGAUAAAGCCACGUUCAUCCAG